CGCAGGAGGUGGAAGCAUUUAGCGAAGCGAGCUCUCAGGGGCUACAUCCUCGCGUGCGUCCUCCAGCCCACUGUUGUACGAUUUGUGACCGUGUUAUUAUGGCGAUAAGGACUUGUUUGAUUAUCCUGUUUGGAGUUAUUGUGGUGUCCUGCGGAAGUGUCCCGGAAAAAUCUGGAUUUUCGCAGAGCGACGGCGCCCUGUACACCGAUGAUGCGGUUAUUUUAAAUGCGGUUGUACCAAGGACUCGGCGAGAUGCAAACAACACCCGCGACGGAAAACAACUCUUGUUCUUUAGAAGACAGGCAUCAACCCAGGACGACGGCGCUUUCGGCCUAGACUGCGAGACUACGCUGGGCAAGCGGGGCACGUGCAAGAGCUUCCGCGACUGCUUCCCGCUGGUGAAGGUGGCCGAUGUCACCGGCUGGGACGGCUGGGUCAUGGGCCACUACGACACUUGUAGCUACGUCAGCGGGGACAAUAUGGAGGUGUUCGGCGUAUGCUGCACGGAGGGGCGGGAGACGCCGCCCGCGCAGGACGCCGACGUGCAGCGGCUCAGCCCCGUCAGGCACGCCGCGCUGCCGCUUACGCCGCUCAGGAUUGCUGGGUUCCCCAGCAACUUGUUGCCAGGCCUGUCUCCCUGGGCGGCAGGCGGCGGCGUGGCCGUGCGUCAGAUCCCCGCGCAGUGGCCGCCUACCAUCCCGCCCCUGCCUACCCACCCACCGGACCACAGCGCGCCUACCCAUCCGCCCUCGCUCGUUGCAGGUGGGCCCACCACCGCGCGUCCCAUCGGCGCCGCCACCACUUGGCCCACCAAGGCUCCUGCUGCCGCCACUACACAAGCUACUACUAAACAGUCAUGGGCAACUUCGUACCCUACGCGACCGACUACCGCCUCGCCUUCAGUGGACACUUCCUGUGGCAUCAAGAACGGCGCUCAGACGUACGACUCCCAGUUCCAAGACGAGGAGCGCAUCGUGGGCGGGCACAACGCGGAGCUGAACGAGUGGCCGUGGAUCGUGGCGCUGUUCAACAACGGCCGGCAGUUCUGCGGCGGAUCCCUGAUUGAUGACAUGCACGUGCUGUCCGCGGCGCAUUGCGUGGCUCAUAUGACAUCAUGGGAUGUGGCGAGAUUGACGGCGCGACUUGGCGACCACAACAUCCGCUCCAACGCCGAAACACAGCAUCUUGAGAGGAAGAUCAAGCGGGUCGUCAGACAUCGCGGGUUCGACAUGAGGACAUUGUACAACGACAUAUCGAUCCUGACUCUGGACCAGCCGGUGAAGUUCUCCAAGACCAUAAGGCCCAUCUGCCUGCCGGCCGGGUCUCGCGCCUACAGUGGACUGGUCGCCACCGUCAUCGGCUGGGGCAGUCUUCGAGAGAGCGGGCCGCAGCCGUCGAUCCUGCAGGAGGUGUCGAUCCCGGUGUGGUCCAACCAGGAGUGCCGGCUGAAGUACGGCGGCGCCGCGCCGGGCGGCAUCGUGGACCAUAUGCUGUGCGCCGGGAAGGCUAGCAUGGACUCUUGCAGUGGUGACAGCGGCGGCCCGCUAAUGGUGAACGAGGGCAGCCGCUGGACGCAGGUGGGCGUGGUCUCGUGGGGCAUCGGCUGCGGCAAGGGCCAGUACCCGGGCGUCUACACCCGCGUCACCGCCUUCCUGCCCUGGAUACAGAAGAACUCCAAGUAGACUGGCCGGAAGAUGAGGAGUCUCUAUCGGCGGAAGCCGUGCGAUAGAGGCCCUUCUGACGGUGGAGCCUGGCGACCGGCCGGUGUAGCAGGUGGAAUAAGCAACGUACGAGAUUGUAUACACAGGAUGUCAGAAAAAUGGUAUAGUAAUCUGAAAGAGCGUUGUUCAAGCGUAGGUGGUUUUGAAGGUCGUAGAAGAAAUGUUGUCCAGAAUUGUCGCUAGCUUCUUUCGGCUUUUUAUACCACUUUUGCCAUACCCUGUAUUUAGGAUUUAAGCAAACGUAGCAGUAAUUUAGGUCGAUGAAAUACUCAUGUUAGUCGUAGUGUACACCCAUGCUCUAAAGUUGGAAUGCGAAAAAUAUUUUGAACGAGAGUGGAGUUGACAAAUUCUUCAGAAAAGGUCGAUAGUAUGACAUGCAUUUACGUAAUUAUUAGGUACGAUUCAUUUUAGUUAUUUACUAUAAUUUUAUGUUUUGGGUUUAAAGAACUAAUUUCAUUGAGAAAGUCAACUAAGAGAUUUUGCCUUUCUUAAUAAAUUAGGAACUAAUUAUUUAGGAUAUUGUAAGUUGCGCCUUUAUUCUAGUAUUUUCAGUGAUCGUGCCAAGUUUGAUAUAAGAUGCUUAAUAAAUGAAAUAGUUUGUAGUACGUA